AUGGGUGCAUCAGCGUCGAAACCUGCGAAGUCCGCAGCGGCGGCAGCUUCACGGCGUCAAUAUCCCAAACAGCCCACGACAUCCACUACCAGACCUCCCACCUCCACACCCGCAUCAGCACCGCGAGCGCCACAACCACAACCGCAACCACAACCCAGGCUUCACGAGCAGCCGCAGCGCAGUCCUCGCCCCAACCCACACCCCAGCUCCUUGAGAUCUGCAACAUACCACCCGCAAAACCAAGAGCAAGCGUCCCUCGAGAAAUCAAGCGCAAUCGACAUCGACGGCCGCGACCCGGACUUCGCCGCCUCCCUCCGCAGCAUCGGCCCCGUCACCCCGAACCCAACCUUCUCUCCCUCGAGCACCUUCAACCCCGCGCAGCGAUCCUUCGGGGGGCCAGGCGCCCCGACGGCCGCCUUCGCGCCCGCUCCCAAUCCAGCCCUGUUGACCGUCACGGCGCGGCAACGGCUCACCAAGGCGGCGGAGGAAGAAGUGGACAACCUGGGAAGGUCGGACUUUGUCGGACGAGAGUAUCUGGAUGCGUUGACGAUCCGGCAGGUGUUGGCCAUGCGGGAUCGGCAGGGCCUUCCCGCGAGGGAGAUCGAGCGGGUGUUGCGGUUGAAGAGUGGGGUGGUGGAGCGGUUGGGGGCCAGGGGGGUGGUGGGGGAUCUUGGUUAA